AUGCUUCGGCCUCUUGCUGUCGCCGCCAUCGCCUGUGGCACCUACGUUCUCGCGAAGCAUCUGCUGUGCUCACGCGAACGCCUCCGCAUGGCUCCUGGCCCCACCCGCUGGCCGCUCGUCGGCAAUGCGCUUCAGAUCCCCCAGCUCAAUCCUUGGCUGACCUACUCCAAGUGGGCGGACACAUACGGUGAUAUCAUUCAUCUAGACGUCCUUGGCCAGCCUGUUAUUAUUAUAAACUCUGCCGAGGUAGCGAGAGACCUCCUCGACAAGCGAUCCUCCAUUUAUUCAGACAGGCCUCAUCUCGUCAUGGCAGGUGAUCUGGUCGGUUACAGUGAGGGUUUCGCUCUCAAGCCUUACGGCGAGAGUUUCCGCAGGCAGCGCAAGCUCAUCAAGCAGGAUUUCGCCCAAGGGACCGUUCCGCGCUACUUCCAUCUCCAGGAGACCGACGCGCGCAAGCUCGUCCAAGCUCUGCUCGAUGACCCGAGCUCCCUCGCCCGUCAGUUGAAAAUGAGCAUUGCAGCGAUUAUCAUGGAGGCUAAUUAUGGCUAUACCGUCAAGUCAGAAGACGACCCGUAUAUCACCAUUCCGUUCUCCAACGCGGACAACUUCAGCAAGGCGUGCGCCGUAGGCACGUGGCUCGUUGACUUCAUCCCGCAACUGCAGCACUUGCCCCUUUGGAUGCCAGGGACGGGUUUUCUCCGCACGGCCCGAGACUGGCGCGAGAUCCGCAUAAAUGCGAGCUGGAUUCCAUACCGUUGGUGCAAGGAGAACCUUUCCGCCGGCAUCGCACACACUCCCAGUCUUUGUGCAACAUCGCUCUUGCAAGCGGAUGGUGAGCUGUCUAAGGAGGAUGAGCACGCCCUUGUCUGGGCAGCAGGGAGUGUUCUGGGAGGAGGGCUCGAAACGAACGUGUCCACGAUCCUGACUUUCUGCCUUGCCAUGCUCCACUACCCGGAAGUCCAGGCCAAAGCGCAAGCGGAGAUCGACGCAGUGGUUGGGACCGACCGUCUGCCGUCGAUCACCGACAGGACGUCGCUCCCGUAUGUUCGAAGCCUGGUCACUGAAGUGUUCCGAUGGAAUCCCCCUGCGCCGCUCUGCAUCCCUCAUGCGCUGAGCGAGGCGGACGUGUACCAUGGUGUUCAUCUUCCCAAGGGUUCUGUCGUAGUGCCAAACAUAUGGCAUAUGCUGCACGAUCCGAUGACAUACGCUGACCCGAUGGACUUCAAGCCUGAGCGUUACGGCAACGCGGACGCCGAGAUGCAGAAGGUCACCGACCUGGCAUUCGGGUUCGGACGGCGGGCGUGCCCGGGGUUCUACUUUGCCCAAGGCACCAUCUUCGCGGUGAUCGCCACCGUGCUUGCCACCUGCGACGUCGUCCCAGCUGUCGAUGAACGUGGUGAACCGAUCGUUCCCGAGAUUGCGUAUACGUCUGGAACGAUAGUGUGUCCUGAGCCAUUCAGGUGCAAUAUCAAGAGUCGGACGGAGCGUGCGCGGGCAUUGCUGAUUCAGAGCAUCCCCUCUCCUGAAUGA